ACUGAUCACUCGGUUAUUUCUCUCUACCAACUUCUUGUACUACUGUAUACUAUUGUAGUGUUGUCUUGUGAGAAGGUGAGGAUACCUGAGCAAACUCUUUGGUUGCUUACCUGUACGCUAUAAGACGUUGAACGAUCAACAGCUAAACGCGAGUUUUAUCCGCGAGUUGUUUCACCACGUAAUAUAUUCGCGUAAAGGUAAAGGUGUUAAAGUUGGGCCCAGUCCGGGACUUGGCCUCGUCACAUUUCUGUCCGCUAAGAAAGUGCGCGUGAGCUAAAUUUUAUUAAGAAGAGAGAUAAUAAAAAAAAAAAUAAUUAGUAAUUAAAAAAUAAAAUUUAAGUGCGCAGUAUUAUUUUAGUCAGUAACUAUGACGAAAGUAAAUGCAUCUUGCAAGUGAUUUUUUCAAUUUUUAAUACGUGGAAUAUUUUUAUUUUUUGUAUGUGUGGUGAUAUGGUUUAAUAUAAAGAUGACGCACUGGUACUUUAAACAACAAUUUUUUUUUAAUUAUUGCAUAGAUUUAUGAGAAAAUCAUUGCACGGACAUAACUUCCGGUAGCGACUUCUGGGUAUAAAUAAAAAAAAACUAAUAAACGCGAUUAAAAUUUAAACGACGGAUUGCUAUUUAAAGAUUUAAUUUAGUAUUACUAAUGAGUAAUGAGGAUAUAGUAUUUAAAUGAGUAACUUUCAUUCAUUGAAUAUUAAAUAAAUAUAUUAAGUAUCCAUCUGUACUUGUGUAUAUACUAAAUAAUAUAAUAACAAUAAUAAUAAUAAAUAAAAGUCAACAAAGGUGGAUGCGUUACCGUGGGUUGGCAUUUAACGGACGGCCGUUCGAUAUAACGAUUUCAUAAGCAUACAGGCUAGUAUUAUCCUGAAAUGUUUCGAAGGCCGAUGCCGAUAUCGAUGCGGCUCCUGCUGCUAACAGAGAUUCUGCUCCUCUUUAUUUCAUUAUUUAUCAGUGACGCCAAUGGCCACGUUGCUCUUACCUUCCCACGAGCACGGAAGUACGACCUCGACUUCCUAGACAGCGCAAGAACUCCUGGACCCUGUGGAAUGCCACGAGGGGACAUAAAAACAAGUUUAUUGUCCGGCAGUCAAUUCAACGUAUCCUGGCAUCUGGCUUAUCCGCACCGAGGAGGAUUUAGAUUACAAAUUCUUGAUGCACUUGAUCGUCCGCUUGUCGAUCUCACCCCUGUAACGAAACAGAGUGAAUUCGUUGAAGAUGACGCUACGGCACAGCAUUACCCAGUUGAGUUGCCACAGAAUUUCACCUGCACCGAUUGCACAAUCCGGCUUCUUCGUGAGGCAGAAGAGUGGGGGUCCAGUUACAGGUUUUGGUCUUGCGCUGACAUUGAUAUAUUAGAUAGGAAAACAUAUCGGGAGGAUUGCAGCGGGCAUGGGAGAUCGUUGGUUGGUAGAUGUAGAUGUGACCGAUUUUACCACGGUCCGAGGUGUGAAUUUAGGGAAGAUUGUCUUGAUGAUUCGGACUGCGGAAAUCAGGGCACUUGUGUUGACAAUGGUGGCACAACAUUUCCCACGAAACAUUGUUAUUGCAAUGUUGGAUGGUUUGGGCCAGGUUGCGCUAAGAGAUCAGCAAUUAAGUCUACUGAAAUAGACCUGCAGGGACAUACAAUGAUACGUUUCUCAGAAGACUUUGUCUUCUAUUGGCGAAUACUCAAGGACUCGAAAGAAUUAGAAGGUGUAAUGAUAGUUAAUGACACAUCGUGGGUUGGAGUUGGCUGGCGUCCAAGCAGUUUAACGCCAUCGUGUCGUGCGUUCCCUGAAAUUCACGGCAAGAAUCACGUCCAGGCAGAGCCGUUGCCUCAUCCUGAGCCAAAAUCCCAAGCUACUUCAGCAAAAAACAAUUCACGCUUAGAUAAUUCCGCUGAGCCGAAACCCGAACCGACUCACAGAGCGUUCACUGCUGAGCAAACUGCUGAGCCAUCGUCAAAGUCUGCUGCAAAAAGACGAUCUCCCAAAUCGCCUCGUUCUGAAUUGUCCGUUACCUCGAGAACAAAUAACAAUGAUGUAACUGUUCAAACAAGUGUUACUUAUCAAGUUAGCACUCAGCAAGGACGUAAGAAACGGUCACCUGAGUUCGCAACUCCUGCGCCAACUGCCGGAGAGCCUACCAGUGAACCAGAACCAGCUUCUGAGCCUGAACCGAAAUCAAAAACUAAAUCCGAUAUAUCUGAACCACUUCCAGAACCUGAACCUUCACCUGAACCUGCACCCGAACCUUCACCUGAACCCUCACCUAAAUCUGUACCUGAACCUUCACCUGAACCAGCGCCUGAACCUUCACCUGAACCAGCACCUGAACCUUCACCUGAGCCAGCACCUGAACCUGAAUCUAAAUCAAAAUCAAAAUCUAAUGUAGAACCUAAACCUGAACCAAAAUCAUUACCAGAACCACACCCUGAACCUGAACCAGCACCUGAACCCGAACCUGAACCAAAAUCUUUACCGGAACCACAUCCCGAACCAGAACCAUCACCUGAACCCGAACCAUCACCUGAACCUGAACCAUCACCUGAACCCGAACCUGAACCAAAAUCUUUACCUGAACCAGAACCUGAACCUAAUUCACAAUCAAGUUCCAAGUCAGAAAAUGAAGAUUCUGAAAUUAGCACCAAAUCAGGCGCAACAAAAGCACCAGUGAGACCAGAAGUUCAUGAAUACACACCGAAACACGAUUUUAAUCCGAUGGACUGCACGGACAUGAUAAUUGGAAUGGCCAGAGAGAAUACCCACAGGAUCGGUGAUUAUUACACCCGCGAUCGUUCUACUCCGCGUAAUGACGCCUUUUGGGGAGGGAAGGACAGUUUGACUGCCGCAAUGGGAUACGAGAAGGAUGGGGUUACGACAAUUAUGUUUAGACGCAAGUUAACAACCAAUGAGCUGACUGAUCAUGAAAUAGUUGACGGCGAUAUGCAAGUUAUUUGGGCAAGAGGACAACAGAAGGGUAAUUAUGUCCACCAGCCGCCCAGUGGUGUCGAAAAGAGCAAGGUCAGUGUCAAGGAUUUCUACAAGACUGACGAGCUCAAGUAUCACGGCCACAAAAACCAGCGAGGCGUUGCCACCUUUAACUUUUUUGAUGAGAAAACCAGAAGUAAAGAUGAAUUAGGCGGCCCUAUUCCGCUUGAAAGUGGAAAUUGCGGCGGAGAAUGGAAAUAUCCAAGAAGUUGUAACGUAAAAAAUUUCACCUGCGAGUAUUACAUUCGGUGGAGUUACAAGACGAGGAAGGAUCAAAUAACGUUUACAAUAAAAACUAAAAACACGGAUACCUGGACGGGAAUCGGAUUUUCAGAAGACGACAAAAUGACACAAACGGAUGCUAUAUUAGGAUGGGUUGACAAAACAAAUGGACGAGCAUUUGUUAUGGACACUUGGAUAAGUGGUUACAGUCUACCACUUUUAGAUCCUUCCCAAGAUAUAUACAAUAUAAGUGGUAAUAUUGAAAAUGGCGUAACGACUCUAAUGUUCUCCCGGAAACGCGCCACUAAAGACACUAAAGAUUUCUCAUUUACGGAUGACCAUUGUCUCUAUAUGAUGUUCCCUGUGAAAGGCGGAAUAUUCAAUGCUGUUAAUAAAAAAAUAAGAAAACAUACACGAGUUCCGAUCGUUUCAUCAGAGCGUAUUUGCGUUAAAUCAUGCGGCAUUGAAGAGACUGAUGAUGAUGAUGACACGAUGACUGCUGCACCUCCGGGAAUUGACUAUGAAGUUGAGGUAAAACUCGUUAACCUUGGCGACGGUUUCAAAACUUCACAAUUUGGGACACAGGAAUUCGAAAUAACCUCCAAUAGAAUUUCGGGAGAUUUUGAACCGACUUUCAAAAAUAAAAUUCCCGGGUUUUACGCGACACAACUCAGUGAACUUAAGAGAAAUGACGAUAAUGGAAUAAUUGCAAAAAUGAAUGUAAUUAUUGAUAAAAAUAUUGAUAAGGAACACGCUUCUAAACCGAGUGAAACUCUUAUGCUGAUUGAACAAGUUUUAAAAGAAGCUGUACUAACUGGAAAAAUAGGAUCUCUUCGCGUUGAUCCAAAUUAUCUUGUAGUCAGACCGCCAAUAGGAUACGAAUUGAGCGAAGACAAAGAAAGAAAUAUCCAAUCAAAUGAUUUGUUACUCGGCACAACAAAACUUUACCUCGUCAUUGGAUGUAUUGCUGCUUUAAUAGCAUUAGCAUUAUUACAAGCCAGUUGUACUCUAUACAAAGCAACUCGUAAAAGAAUGACUAAGCAGGAGCGUUUGAUCACGAAUAAUAUGUGGAAAGAUUAUUCAACGGGUGCCAAGACAAAUUUUGGUUUCGAAGCCUUUGAGACUGAAGAAAAAGUACCACCGCCUCCGGUGUCUAAUCCUCCGAGAACAAGAGACGUAACAGACGGCGCAAUAACUAUGUCAGGUGGUGGAAAAAAUAUGAUGGAAAAACAUCGAUUGAGUAGCAGCAGCAAUGGUCAUAAUCAUAAUCACAGUCAUAAUCACAACCAUAAUAACAAUAGUAGUAAUAAUAGCAACAGCCACCAUCACAGUCAUCAAAUGUCAUCUACACCACGAGCAACUUACAGUUUGCCUCGUGCUCCGGGUACUAGACAACCAUCGCCACCACCACAACUUAGUUAUUACACUCAAGACCGUAGAAAUAAUCGUAAGAGUAAUAAUAAUGCUAAUGGUAAUUCACAAUCGGGUCAACAACCCGACUUUUAUUUCAUGCCAAGUCAACGAAAAUACAGCGGCGAGGUCGUUCGCGUUUAUGUUGAUUAUGGAAAUCAAAAACCUAAAUAAUUUACCCCCACUACACCAGUAUUUGGAAAAAUUUAUUAUUAUUAUUUUAUUUAUUUUUAUAAUUUCAAAUUCCAAUUACUUUUAUUAUUCCAAUCUGGCUAUUGUACAUAAUUUUAAUUUUAAUGUUAAUUUUUUUUUAUUAAGAAAAAAAAAUUAAAUUUACUCGUUUUUUUUUUGAAUUUUAUUUGUAUAGAUAUAUGGUGCUAAUUUGUUAAUUGUGUAUAUGAGAAAGUUUUGUUAUUAUUUUAAUAUAUCGAUAUUUCUAUUUUAAGUGUAAGUGUUUGCAAAACUUUAUAUUUCUUUUGAAUAUUUAAUUUGAUGAUACUGAAGUUAGUUGACAUUUAAAAAUUUUCGGUUUCUUUUUCAAAACGAUACUAUGAAAAAAAAAUAUUUUUACAAACUGCACCGAUAGAUUUUAAAAUUUUCUAGGGUGCAUAUUUUUAGUUUUUUUUUGUCAUUUAAAAAAAAAAAAAAAAAUUUGAAAAAUUGUUAAUCGUCUGUUAACUUCAGGAUCAUUUAAUUUGUUGACUGGUCGUGAAGUAAUGAGUCGAUUAUUAGUUCAAGUUGUUUAGUUUCUACAUUUGACUUGACAGCUUGUAAAAAUUGGAGUUGAGUUUGGAACUUUAAAUAUUUGUCGUUAAAAACAAGUUUUUUUUUUUUUAUUUCGAGCUCUGAUUAAAUUGAAUUUGUAAAAAAAAUUAUUUAAAUUAUAAACUUUUUCAGUUACUUAAAGUUUUUGUUCGUGAAAUUAGAACUCAAU